GGACUUCCUCGGAGUCCGGUUCUUUUCAUUCAGUGGAGAGGUUUCACAGAAGAACCAUGCGCUGUACUGGAUUACUCUUCUCACUGCUUUUUCACGUCUCAGUUUGGGAGCUUUGCGCCGCUGCACAUCCACGUCUCAGCCAUGUGAUGCACUAUGAUGUUGUCCAGCUUCAGCCCCUAAAAGGUCGAAUGAAGAGGAGCGUUUCUUCUCAACAGAAAUAUCCUGACACAGCUGAAUAUGCCUUGGCUGUUGAUGGGAAAAACUUCACAAUAUAUCUGGAAAGGAACAGGGAGCUCUUAGGAAAGCAGUAUACGCUGAGUUACUACACAGAAGAUGGGAUGAAGGUGAUAACGCCUCCAUCUACCACGGAUCACUGCUACUAUCAGGGACAUAUCCAAAACAUGAAGGAUUCCUCAGUCAGUGUUGGCCUGUGCUCCGGCAUGAGAGGGUUUGUGAGAGCGGAAAAUCAGGUCUAUCUGAUUGAGCCGUUGAAGAAGUCUCUAGCAGGGGACCAUGCAGUUUACAAACAAGAGCACCUGAGGACUAAGAGGGCAGCUGUUCAGUACAUAAACGACACAGUGUACGACCUUGGGCCAAGGUUUUCUGGACUGUAUAACAGCAGAAACAUGAAUAACAAGGCACCCAUUGGAGCACAGCGCUUUAUUGAGAUGGUUUUGGUAGUUGAUUAUAAAGAGUACAAAAAGUUUGGAAGCUUGAAGGAUGUGCAGAAGAGAAUGCUUGAAGUUGCUAAUCAUGUAGACAAGCUGUAUCGCCAUCUGAACAUCCGUGUUAUGCUAGUGGGACUAGAGGUGUGGUCCAAGGGAGAUCAGAUUGAGGUCAGUUCUGUGCCGAACCUCAUGCUGGACAGAUUUUUAAAGUGGCGUCAGACAACCCUCCUGACAAGAAAGAAGCAUGACAGUGCCCAGUUUGUUACCGCAACAGACUUUGACGGGUCAACUGUUGGUUUGGCUCCUCUGAAUGCUAUGUGCUCUUCCAGAUCUGGAGCUGUGAAUGAGGAUCAUAGUAUAAAUCCUCUUGGUGUGGCCUCCACCAUUGCCCAUGAAAUGGGCCAUAACCUGGGCAUGUCACAUGAUGAGCCACACUGUGGCUGUUCAUCAAGAUCUAGCCAGGGCUGUAUCAUGGGAGAGAGUAUUGGACUUGUUUACCCUGAAGCCUUCAGCACAUGCAGUAAAGUGGCUUUGGAGAUGUUUUUGCAGAACUAUGACAGCAGCUGCCUGUUGGAUGUUCCAAAGGAAGAAGAUGUGUAUGGUGGUCCGGUGUGUGGUAAUGCCUUUGUGGAAAAAGGCGAAGAGUGCGACUGUGGAACAGUGGAGGAAUGCAAGAACCCUUGCUGUAAUGCCACUACUUGCAGGCUGACAGAGGGCUCAAAGUGUGCACAUGGGGAAUGCUGUGAAAAAUGCCAGCUGAAGGGUGCAGGCGGCGUGUGCAGACACAGUGCUCAUGAUUGUGAUCUGGAGGAGUAUUGUACUGGUAAAUCAGCACAAUGUCCUAAAGAUGACUACAAGAUGAAUGGGCUUCCAUGCAACUAUGGCCAGGGUUACUGCUAUAAUGGCGAGUGUCCGACGCUUAAGGAACACUGCAAGAAGCUGUGGGGCCCAGGUGCUGAUGUAGACAUAGAUUGCUUUAGACACAAUACCUUUGAUAAAAGUUGUGCAAGGUCUGGAUCUGGCAACUGUGACCAACAGCACAUCAAAUGUGGAAAAAUUUACUGCUCAGGUGGAAAUGAUUUUCCAAUAACCAGGGAAAAAUAUCUCUCUACCUUCGGUGCGAAAACAUGUUAUUCAGCUCUGGAAAUCUUUGACAAAGACAGCGUAGGGAUGGUGCCAACGGGUACCAAAUGUGGGACAAAUAAGGUGUGCUACAACAACCUUUGCCAAGACCUGAGCGUCUACAAAACCAAGAACUGUUCUGCAAAAUGCAAUAAUCAUGGGGUGUGUAACCAUGAGAAUCAGUGCCACUGUGAUGCGGGCUGGGCUCCCCCCCACUGUGAUGUGAAACUGUUCAAUGUUGCGAACAGAAAAGAUGCUGUGAUCAUUGGUGUGACCACGUCUGUAGUCAUCCUGCUGCUGAUUACUUUAGUUAUUGGAGCCUCAGUGUGUUGCAAGAAACAAAAGACACCAUUCAACAAGCAAAGGUCCUUUAAGAACACUCACACCUACUCAGGUCAGUCCAACCCAGUGUUCCAGCCGAGCAGUGCAAAGAACAGCCCCAGAUGUGGACCCCCACGUAUCAGUCAGCCCACUUUCAUGGAGUCAACUGCAACUCAAGCCUGCAAGUCUCUGUUUUCCCCAACUCCACCUAGCAGACCAGCACCACAGCCUCCAAAGUUAGCAGAACCAAGAAUGGAACAGACUGCAAAACCUUCAAUUCCAGCUCCUGUUGUUCCAAGUAACACUUUUGUUCCUCAGACAAAGCCUUUGCUUCCACCAUCCAAACCUCUACCUCCAUCAAGACCUCUACCUCCUCUGGUGUCUAAACCCGUGUAUAAACCAAAAUCACCUCCAAUGCCUCCUGUGAAACCAUCAGGGACACAGCCAGCAUGGAAUGCACCUCAAGUAAUGGCUCCGCCAAAGGUCGCUCUGAAACCCCCUACGAAGUUCAGAUGAUCUAAUGCAGAGUGAAUCAUUGUGGGCACCAGGAGAUGCUUUAUGAGCAAUCUUAAUGCCUCUGCAGGGGCUGCCGCUUUGAGGAUGAGUCAAAUGAAACUUUGUUUCCACCUUGGCACUGAGUAACAAGAUUCACUUGAAGAAGAUGGGGGGAUGUAUCCUGGACAGAAUUGAAUAUCUGUGUGCACUCAGGGACUUAUAUCUAUUUUGCUAUUGCUAAACUAUUUUGGUACGGCACAGUUGUUUUAGUUAUCUUCUAAUGAAUGUAUAUGUAGCAUCUUCCUUGUUAUUUUGCCAAGCAGGACAAAAUGUAAAUACAAGAAUAUCAUUCAGAGGUUUCACACUGUAAAAGUCAGGUGGCUGUUAAAUGCAUUUAUUUUGUAAACUGCCAUUUUUUGCCUCAUCUUUUAAGAGGGACUUCUUUUUGUCUUGGUUUAGGUUUCCUAUUUCUUCUUACACUCAGACAAAAGCAAUUGAAUGUUGGCUAAUUCAUCCACUGAAUGUUUUCACAUGUUGCCUAAUUAUUCUCAGCUGGUCUGAUUGUUUUUAACUGUAAGAAUUUAAACAUUUUUUUUCUA